AUGGCUCGCAAAGCGCCUCCCAAACUCAAAGCCUCUAAGUCGGCAAACGCUCGCAAGGCUAGCCCCGAGCUUGGCGAAGGUGACUUCCAAACCCGCUACAACGCCCGCACGGGACGUCCCAUUCGCGACAACGCCGGCCGGAAGUCUCUUGACCCAUCCUACCUCGACACCAUCGAAGUCGUGGAUGACGAGGGUCUGGAAAGCGAGUCGGGGUCCGAGGACGAAGAGGGCGUCAAGAAGAAACACCCCAAGAGGAAGCGAACUCCAUCACCACCGCUGCUGGAUGUCGACCAGAUGCCGCUCUUCCCGGAAGACGUACCCUCGCGCGAACCGACUCCGCAAUUCUUGGACGAAGACGAGGCCAGCUCGAUCAACUUGACGGUCAAUAUCCCAAAAGGCUUCAGUGGUCCCCUGGUUCUGAAGAUCGACCGCGGCAUGCUCGACAACGGACGCUCGGAACCCCCGUCCAAGCGCCAGCAUCUCUCCCGCGCCCCGACGGAAUUGUCGAAAUCCAGCGCUGGAGACAGCAUCGCGGUCGCUCCUCGCAAGACAGCCGUUGGCCAACGUGGACACUUCGGUUCCAAGACGCGCGAGGAUCCCACCAAGAAGACACAAAUCUACAAUGAGGGACGCAGCGUGCUCUACUCCGAGAAUAGGUUCUCGUUCUCCCGUAACACCCGUUCACGCGCACCCUAUUGGAGCUCACAAGACAAGGAGAUUGGUUACCAGGACAUGAGAGUCUUCCUCAACUCGAUCGGCCCCACUAACAUAUCCCUGCUCAGGUCGAUCUCGAUCAUGCUCACGGACGCAUCCCCAUCGAGUACUCCAUACUUGGAUCAUGACGGACGCCGUUUUGUCCGUGAUGAGCACAUUAUCUACUGCCUUCGUCAGAUCUCGAAGCACGGCGAACUGAAGGAGAUUGAGCUUUCGUUCUACGGUCGCAAGUGCCUCACUCGAACAGACUACCGCUUUCUCGAUGCUUUGAGGGAGAUCAAAGCCGACAAGGUCCGCCUAGAGCCACCGGAGCGCCACUGGUAUCCUUCAAAGAUUGAUUACCUUCUGAAGACAUCCCUCCUCGAAUCCAUGGAGCGCUCACCCAAAAUGUACAAGAACGAAUGA